AUGAUUGCAAGUCUUGCUUCAUUGCUGUUGCUCAGCACUUUCGGCAUGACAGAUGCAUUCUCGAUGCCAGAAGCAGCAUCAUCUUUCACCUCUCUACUGGCAUCUUCCCUCAACAACGCUAUACCCAACACACUUCUGGCUCGCAGUGGUGGCUCAGGCGGCUGCCCAGCAAUUUGGACUACUAUCUCUUCUGACCUUACCGCGUCUUUCUUGGGCUCCGAUGGCCAAUGUACCGACCUUGCGAGAGCCGCUAUCCGGUUUGCGUUCCACGAUGCUGGCGGUGCAGAUGGUUCUCUUCUCCUCAACCCAGACGAGAUCAAUCGUCCGGAGAACGGUGGCUUGGGUGACUACCAAACAUGGUUGAUGGGAAAAUACACUCAGUACAACAGCAAGGCAACCGUCGGUGCCGCCGACUUGAUCCAAUUUGCUGGUGCUCACGCCGUCAUCACAUGUCCUGGUGGGCCAAAGAUCAAAACUGUCGUUGGCAGAACCGACAGUUCUGUCAUAGCUCCAGACGGCUUCCUCCCUGCUGGAUUUGGUCCUAACUCGUCUCAUGAUGUCCUGUAUCAGCUCUUCCUUGACAAGGGUUUUAGUGCUAGAGAUUUGGCAGCACUCAUCGGCGCGCACUCCACGAGCAAAGCAUUCACUCAGCAAGCCAACGGUAUUCCCAGCGGUGGCCAACAAGACUCAACUCCUGGCAAAUGGGACAUCUCUUACUACGCUCAGGUCAAUAAUCCUCCAGCGGGUGUGUAUCGCUUCCAAUCCGACAUCAACCUCUCGAACGCGUCGACAACGGUCGGCAAACAGUUCCAGGGCUUCGUUGGCAACCAGGGCAAGUGGACAAGCUCCUUCGCGGAUGCCAUGGCUCGUCUGAGUGUACUGGGUAUUCCAGCUUCGGCGCAGGUCAACUUCAUUGAUUGUACCAGUGCACUUCCAAGAGGCACAUCCUCGAUGAGAGAAAUUCGUGCUGCUCCCAUCAACAACCGCGCACGGUAG